UUUUUUGAUGCUCUGGCCGGCACCCCAGUGCACGCUCCUUUCUCCUUACUAUGCCCUAUCUUCCUUGGCAUCCCUUUGCCUCAACCUGCCUUAGGGCGCCACCCAAUUGGCCUUGGUGUCGCCUCAUGCUCCAAGGCGUUGCCCACAUCAUUGGAAUCCACAGCCAGCACUAGCACCAGCCAGCGCCCAACACCUACAAGGCGUUGCUGCUUGAUUGUUUUCAUUGUAUUCCCUAAUGUCCCAGCAUGA